AUGAACCUGUUACGUUCAGGGAAAUUAUCAUUAGCAUAUGUACUUUUGUUUCUUGUUGUGGGUUUGAGAAAGUAUGCGGUAGCAUUCCCUUUAGCUUUAAAAGAGAAGGCUGCCUCAGGUGGCUUUCCAGCGCCGGCUGAGUAUAACGUUAUUCUAAAAAAUCCUUCCAAUUUCUCCUAUUAUUCGAAAUUGCUCAUAAGUGCUUUCUUGGUCUUGUUGGGUGGUGUUUUUGCAGGACUUACGAUCGGUCUUAUGGGAUGUGACGAAGUAUAUCUGCAAGUUUUGGAGCAGAGUGGUGAUGAAUACGAAAGAAAACACGCGAACAAAGUUUUAGGACUCUUGAAUCGCGGUAAGCACUGGGUUUUGGUCACUUUGUUGUUGGGCAACGUUAUUGUGAAUGAAACCUUGCCAAUUGUAUUCGAUAGUAUCAUCGGCGGUGGGUGGCCAGCAGUUUUGAUUUCAACGGGGGCGAUUGUGAUUUUUGGCGAAGUCAUUCCGCAAGCUUUAUGUGUCCGUUAUGGAUUGUCGAUCGGUGCUAAAUUGGAACCGUUGGUGCUGUUUAUGAUGUACUUGCUUAUGCCAAUUGCUUAUCCAACGGCUUUGCUCUUGGAUGCCUGCUUAGGAGAAGAUCAUGGUACCAUGUAUAGAAAGGCUGGUUUGAAAACUCUCGUUACUUUGCAUAGAGACUUGGGGUUGGAUAAACUGAAUCAAGAUGAAGUGACGAUCAUUACGGCUGUUUUAGAUUUACGGGAAAAAUCAGCCAAGAGUAUUAUGACGCCCAUUGAGAAUGUCUUUACCCUUCCGACGGACCGUGUUGUGGAUGAACAACUAAUUGGCGAUAUCAUUUGUGCUGGUUAUUCGCGGAUUCCAGUACACAGGCCAGGAUUUCCUCAUGAUUUCAUCGGCAUGCUGCUUACGAAAACACUCAUCGGUUAUGACCCAGAUGACUGUUGGCCUGUGAGCAGAUUUGCUCUUGCAACGUUGCCUCAAACUUUUCCGGAUACCUCUUGCUUGGAUUUAUUGAAUUAUUGUCAAGAAGGUAAAAGCCAUAUGAUUCUAAUUUCUGAUCACCCUGGUGAAAAGUUUGGUACUCUAGGUGUCAUUACCCUUGAAGACAUAAUUGAAGAGUUAAUUGGAGAGGAAAUUAUUGAUGAGACAGAUGUUUACAUUGAUGUUCAUAAAGGGUUGCCACGUGUGACCUACAAUAAUGAAUUUUGGGACAGAUUGUUCCAUCGCUCUCAUUUGAAUACAAUGGCUGCCUUAACGAAAAGCCGUCUUACAGCAACGAACGGUGAAACUCAUACGGAUGACCAACGCCCAAUCUUGAAUCCUAGAAAUGCGGCCAUGAAUCCUCGGUACGUUCCAAAUGAACGAGUGAAAGUAAAGACACCUGUCAGCAUUAAGAACGAGACAAGCUAUGGAAGUAUGGAAGCGUCAAAUGAAAGUGUCGCUUCUCUUUCCAAAAAAGUUGGCAAGGUUGAGACAGAAAUAGAGGCGCAUUCGAAAAGUAUACCAACUAAGGAAGAACACACUUCCGAGGAUAUUUCUCAGCGUGAGGUGGAAAAUCAGGCGAAUGAAGGCGAUGAGAGCCACGAUACACAUCUCCAACAUCACAGGGAAAGUAACGCAUCCCCAAUCGAUUACAACAAGAUUGCUGAGCGUGGUUUUAAUCAGAUGAACAAUAAAGAGUCUACGAAAAAACAAUUCAAGUCUAAUGUGGAUUCCUUGGCAACCAUGGACAGAAAGACAGAUAGUGGGUCUUCAGUUUCCGAAAAGACUUUUACAGGAAAAAGAGUAAGGCUCGGUAAUGUCAUUGAAAGUAAUCUCGUGUCUGCGGAUGGUAUUGAGCGCAUUGUCAUUGAGCCAUAUGAAAGAACUGCUAACGAGAAUUCGGAAGAUAUUGUUGAAAUGGUUGAAAGAAAUGGUAUUCUUGUACCCAAAGUCAGCAUUACAAAUAGUGAUUCUCAUGAAGAAAAUGAAUUUUUAAAUGUCAGUGAUGCCAAUACGCCUAGUCCCGACAAUCAUAUCGGUGCUGUUUCGUCGCGAUCUUCUAAAAAUAAAAAGAAAAAAAGAAAGAAUAAAAACAAAAAGUGA